AGGAGCCCUUCUGUUUCCCGCGCGGCGCUUGGAGGCUGUUCUGGUCCCGAUUCCCUGGCAGCCAGGGCUCCGGGCCAUUUCUCGAGAGAGCCUGCAGAGGCUUGGGCUGAGGGCGGGAGGAAGGGGGCAGCAGAGCCGCGCCGCGCCCCAGCCCGAGCCUCCUGCGCGCCGCCUUAGGAGCUCAUGUGGCGGCUCUUCUCGCGGGCGGCGGCCUGGGGCCGGCGGGGAGGCGCCGGCGGGCGAUGGAAGGGGCAGGAGGAGGCCGCGGCGGCGGCGACAGCGCCUCCUUUCCGGAGAAGCGGCUGCGGCCUCGCGCUCCUGGUGGGCCGGCCGGUGAGUGCUGGGCCUCGGCCUGGGAGGGAAGGCGCGCGGAAGGGGCGACGCCGGGGAGCGGCGCAGGGCCUCCGGCGAGCCCGGCCCGCGGAGCUUCUCCCUCGCACCCAGCAGGGCCGCCCGGCCUCGGUCUCUCGUGGCGGGAGGAGCCGCCUGGGCCGCUCCCGGCGGGGCUCGGGAGGCCUUCUGGGCCCGGCGGCCUCGGCAGCCCUCGCCUUGGGCCCAGAAACGGCGCCGGGACCCUCCGCUGGCAGGUUGGGGGGGGAGCCGGGAAAGGACAGGCCGGCCGCUGGCGGUGUGAUUUGGGGGCGCUUCUCUUGAAGCAGAGAUGGGAGGGAGGGAAGAGGGCAGGAAAGGUGGGUCUCCGGAGCUCGUCCUCCGCCUUCGCUGAGGGAGCGGGCCUUCAAAAUGGAAAAAGACUCACUAAGAUAGCAGGCAAAAGAGUCAAGCCGUGCGAAGGGAGAGGGGCCUUCGUUUGCGUGGCCCCUCUGCCCUGCACACUGGAUAUAGAUCUUGCUAAACAAAGGGGUGAAUACAUGGACAAAACUGGAAAUGAACUCGGAUAGAAAAGUUGGGAGAAGGAAUGUGCUUGCUUCUGGAAGGAACAGCAUGGCCUAAGGACUUGAAAUACAAAUGAUGCUACUCCUGGUCAGAGGACUUGGCGCAUAUAUACAUAUACAUAUAUAUAUAUAUAUACCGUAUUUUUCGCACCAUAGGGCGCACCGGACCAUAGGGCGCACCUAGUUUUUAGACGGGGAAAUCAAUAAAAAAAAUCUUUUCCCCCCCCAGCCCCAAAGAGCAGCGUACAGGCUGCGCACAACCUCUCCCUGCCGGAGGGGUUGUGCGCGGCUAUGGAACAAGCCAAGGCAGCAAGCGGGAUGGAUCCAACUGGCUGCUUUGGCUUCCUCUUUAGCCCUGCGCAAUCCCGCCCUGCCAGGAGAGGCUGCGCAGGGCUAAAGAAGCCAUAGCCCCGUGCAGCCUCUCCAUGCCUGCACCAGCCUCUCUAUGGCACAAGCCUGCAUUCGCUCCAUAGGACGCACACACAUUUCCCCUCAAUUUUUGGAGGGGAAAAACUGCGUCCAAUGGAGCGAAAAAUACGGUAUAUAUAUAUAUAUAUAUAUAUAUAUGUAUGUAUGUUUACUUAUAAUAAUAAGUAAUUAUUAUGUAUUAUUAAAGCAUUUAUAAUCCAGUUUUCAUCUGAGGUUCCCAUGGCAGAAAUAUACACAAUCCUAACCACAAAAUAAAACAGCGUAAAACAGAAUGUAGCAGAAUCCUCUCAGGGAGGACACAAGCCUGAAAGUUGUGCUCCUUGCACUUAGCCUUCUGCUGAAGAACAUGAUUUUCCACAAAAGUACUUAAAACUUAUUUCUUCACAGGAUGUGCAGCCACAUUGUUUAUAUGGCGUUCUCAAAGUCAAAGCCAAGAGUGCUCAACUGCAAUGCGUAAGAAGUGCAGGAACUCGAAUUGACAAAAGGUACGUUGUAUAUAGAAUUGGCCACCUGCCAACUCUGGGAACUUCCCAAACAGAGAUCAAUAUUGAGGACAGAAACAGUCACUGCAGAAGAAUGAAACCAUCGAAACCAAAGCCAUGCGCAUGGGAUCUGUGUUGGGAUAUUAGUUGGUAAAGCUGAAUCAUUUAAAGUGAAUAAUAGUGUCAUUACAUAUGCAACAAAUUUAUCUUAAAAUGCCACAGCAUCCAGCACUUUCACACGUGACCAGACCUUUGUUUUCUUCUUUUGUAGCCGUUCCUAGGAAUGCCUUGUUUACUCUCAGUAUGGUGGAGACAGGCUUGUUUAACUAAUUCAUGUAGCAAGAGAAUGGAAGAGCUGCAAGCUUUCAGUUCCUCCAGAUAACCUUUACUAGAACAGUCGCAUCAGCCCACUUCUUAACUUUAGUCAAUAAAACAUGUAAACACCAAGAGGGAGAAAUAUCAGUAGCCACUAGCCGUGUAAAGAGAGUAAGCGCUCUCUGAUUAAGAGGUGAAGAGGAUCCAUUUCCAAGUUCUCCAACACUCAUUGUGUUGCCAACUUAUGGGUGGUUCUUGCAUUUGGAAAGUGCCACUCCCUAUUCCCUACAUCCCAAGCAUUCCUGAUGUGGGAAUAGGCAGGUUGUGGUUGUCUUCCGCAUGAUCUUGCUUGUUCACAUGUUACCAGAGCAGACUGGGAUGGAGCCACAAUUUAGACAAAACCACGGGACAUGCAUAUUGUGGAAAGUGGGCUUAGGCCUCAAACAGGUGUCCAGGUAGCCUAACUGCACAUCUUUAGGGUGCAAACCACUGGAAAACUACACAAGCUUUACUAAAAUGAAUGGAAACAUCCAUUAGUACUUUUGCUAUGAAAAUAUCGUAAGAAUAAAAAGGGGAAGGGUUCCUUCAAAUUAAGCCAGAUGUCAUCUAGGGCUGGGCAAUAUCUGAUUUUCAACAUCAUGAUAGAUCACCAGCUAAUCAUCAUGAUAUGCUGCUAUAUCUUGAUGUCUGAAAUAAGGAAGGAUGGCUGGGCUAUGGAGGGAGGGAUGCUUUUUGCUGCGUGAUCUCUGUGCUGUUUCUUAAAGCUCUGGGUGGUCCUUACCGGUGAUGUCUGCCUCCUGGCACUGUUCUGCCAUUGGCUGAGAUGAGCUGCGGGGAAGCAACCGGAGAGGAAAAGCAGGGAGUGGGACUCCAUGGUUCAGGGGCAGCACCAAGGCUGGCACUGUUCUGUCACUGGAGGGAACGGGGAGGGAAAAUGGAGCCCAAAGGCUAGCCAGCCAGAGGGAGCCAGCUAUGACAGAACCAGUGUCCAAAUGGCAGUGAAGCCUGCUGUCAAGUUUGGUAACAAAUUCUCAAGAGAGGGCCAAACAUAUAGAAAAGAAACAAAAACGGACAAGACAGACAAAUCAAUGUCUAAAUGUAUGCAGAUGUAAUCAAUUAAUUGACCAACAAUGCAAACCUAACUGUAUCUAUUCAAAAGUAAGUCAUAAUAAAUUCAGUGGGCUUACUUCCAGAGAAGUGGGGUCAGAAUUGUAGCCUAAAGUUCCUUAAUCAGAGGACUGUCUAAUGAAUGGAAGUUACAGUGUGUGGUGAAUUAAGGUUCAGCCGAAUAAAAUUUCUGGGCUAUACAUACCUAAUUUUUCUUUUUUAUUGCAACUUCAGAAAUGUUUCCUACACUAGUAUGUGUCGGUAACAAACAUCCUCAAGUUACUGUGUUCUUUUUUGGGAUUUCUUGUUUUGCACUGAUAAUAUUUUGAUUUAAUGGUAUAAAAUUUGAGUAACUCUUUCUUUACCUGACUUUUACAGCUCAAUAGAUGAAACUAUGUAUGAAAAACUUGCUGAAGAAACUCUGGAGUCAUUAACAGAUUUCUUUGAGGAGCUGGCAGACAAGCCCUUUACUCCUCAAGAUUAUGAUGUCUCAUUUUCGGUAUAGUAUUUUAUUUUAUACUAUAGUAUUUUAUUUUAUGAAGAAAGUAGGAAAAACCACUGGGCCGGUAAGAUACAAUCUAGAUCAAAUCCCUUAUGAAUACACAGGGAAGUGAGGAACAGGUUUAAGGAUUUAGAUUUGGUGGACAGAGUGCCUGAAUAACUAUGGAUGGAGGCUCGUAACAUAUAGGAGGCAGCAACGAAAACCAUCCCCAUGAAAAGGAAAUGCAAGAAAGCAAAGUGGCUGUCCAAUGAGGCCUUACAAAUAGCGGGCGAGAGAAGGCAAGCAAAAUGUGAGGGAGAUAGUGAAAGAAACAGGAAAUUGAAUGCCGAUUUCCAAAAAAUAGCAAGGAGAGACAAGAAGGCCUUCUUAAACGAGCAAUGCAAAGAAAUAGAGGAAAACAACAGAAUGGGAAGAACCAGAGAUCUCUUCAAUAAAAUUUGAGAUAUGAAAGGAACAUUUUGUACAAAGAUUACCAUAAUAAAGAACAAAAGGACCUAACAGAAGCAGAAGACAUCAAGAAGAGGUGGCAAGAAUACCCUGAGUGCUCACUGGAAGGACAGAUCGUGAAGCUGAGGCUCCAAUACUUUGGCCACCUCAUGAGAAGAGAAGACUCCCCGGAAAAGACCCUGAUGUUGGGAAAGAUGGAGGGCACAAGGAGAGGGGGAUGACAGAGGACGAGAUGGUGGGACAGUGGGACAAACCAGCAUGAGUUUGACCAAACUGCUGGAGGCAGUGGAAGACAGGAGUGCCUGGCGUGCUCUGGUCCAGGGGGUCACGAAGAGGCGGACACGACUAAACGUCUAAACAACAACAAUUUUAUUUUACUUAUUUUUACAGGUGUUUUUGCUAUAGUCUCAACUUCACUUUAGACAGUACCAUAAAUAAUUUCUGGGUAUAAGAAAGCUUCCCUGUAUGAGACUCCUGCAUAUUCCUGCACUGCGGGGGGGCGGGUUGGACUGGAUGAUCUGAGAGUUCCUUCCAGUUCUAUACUUCUAUGAUUCUAAGCAUUUCUUUCCCGGCUGUUUAAGAAACUCUGUUCUCAUAAAGAGCUAGUGGAAUGGUAGGACCACAAGGUGGCACAACUGGAAAAUAGCUGAAACCACAGUUUCAGCUUGCUUGUGAUAGAGAUAAAAGCAUAUCUAAAUAUUUCCAGUAGCAUUUAGGAAUCCAUGUGUGACUGUUCUCUCACCUGUCCUGGGAGCUUACCUUGAUUUAUUUAACAUUCAUUAGCACAGUAAAUAGGACACAGGUGGCACUGUGAUCUAAACCACAGAGCCUAGGGCUUGCCGAUCAGAAGGUCAGCAGUUCGAAUCCCCAUGACAGGUGAGUUCCCAUUGCUCAGUCCCAGCUCCUGCCCACCUAGCAGUUCGAAAGCACGUCAAAGUGCAAGUAGAUACCGUAUUUUUCGUUCUAUAGGACGCACCGGUCCAUAGGACGCACCUGCUUUGGGGGGAAUGAAUAAAAAAAAUUAUCCCCCCCCCCGCGGCUGCCGCCCCAAGCCUCGCGUGCUUCGGGCUGCAGGCUACCUCCCCAGCCUCGCGCGCCGGCGGGACCUCCCACCGGGCGCGCGAGGCUUGCAGACACUCGCCCGAGCACGGGGAGCCCUCCGGAGGGCUCCCCGUGCUCGGGCGACAAGCUGCAGCCCCAGCCUUGCGCGCCGGGCGGGACCUCCCGCCGGGCGCGCAAGGCUUGCAGACGCUCGCCCAAGCACGGGGAGCCCUCCGGAGGGCUCCCCGUGCUCGGGCGACAAGCUGCAGCCCCAAGCCUUGCGCGCCGGGCGGGACCUCCCGCCGGGCGCGCAAGGCUUGCAGACGCCGCCCGAGCACGGGAGCCCUCCGGAGGGCUCCCGUGCUUCGGGCGACAUGCUGCAGCCCCAAGCCUUGCGCGCCGGGCGGGACCUCCCGCCGGGCGCGCAAGGCUUGCAGACGCUCGCCCGAAGCACGGGAGCCCUCCGGAGGGCUCCCGUGCUUCGGGCGACAAGCUGCAGCCCCAGCCUUGCGCGCCGGGCGGGACCUCCUGCCGGGCGCGCAAGGCUUGCAGACGCUCGCCGAAGCACGGGAGCCCUCCGGAGGGCUCCCGUGCUCGGGCGACAAGCUGCAGCCCCAAGCCUUGCGCGCCGGGCGGGACCUCCCGCCGGGCGCGCAAGGCUGCAGACGCUCGCCCGAAGCACGGGAGCCCUCCGGAGGGCUCCCCGUGCUUCGGGCGACUAGCUGCAGCCCCAAGCCUUGCGCGCCGGGCGGGACCUCCCGCCGGGCGCGCAAGGCUUGCAGACGCUCGCCCGAGCACGGGAGCCCUCCGGAGGGCUCCCCGUGCUCGGGCGACAAGCUGCAGCCCCAAGCCUUGCGCGCCGGGCGGGACCUCCCGCCGGGCGCGCAAGGCUUGCAGACGCUCGCCAGGCACGGGAGCCCUCCGGAGGGCUCCCCGUGCUCGGGCGACAAGCUGCAGCCCCAAGCCUCGCGCGCUCGGCGGGACCUCCUGCCGGGCGCGCAAGGCUUGCAGACACUCGCCAGAGCACGGGAGCCCUCCGGAGGGCUCCCCGUGCUCGGGCGACAGCUGCAGCCCCAAGCCUCGCGCGCCGGCGGGACCUCCUGCCGGGCGCGCAAGGCUUGCGGACACUCGCCGGGGCUGCAGGCUGCUGCCUGCAAGCCUUGUGAGCCCGCGGGAACUCCCACCGGGCUUGCAAGGCUUGCGGAUAGCUUCCUGAAGCCUGGAGAGCGAGAGGGGUCGGUGCGCACCGAUGCCUCUCCCUCUCCAGGCUUCAGCGAAAGCCUGCAUUCGCUCCAUAGGACGCACACACAUUUCCCCUUCAUUUUUGGAGGGGAAAAAGUGCGUCCUAUGGAGCGAAAAAUACGGUAAAUAGAUACUGCUCCAGCAGUAAGGUAAAUGGCAUUUCCAUGCGUGUGUUGCUCUGGUUUUGCCACAAGCAGCUUAGCAUGCUGGUCACAUGACCCGGAAAAACUGUCUGCGGACAAACGCCGCCUCCUUCGGCCAGUAAAGCAAGAUGAGCGCCGCAACCCCAGAACUGUCAAGGGUCCUUUACCUUUACCUUUUAGUACAGCAAAUACUUUUUCUCAUGUGUGUGAUAUAUAACGAAAAACUACAAUGAGCAUUUGGUUAAUUAUCUCUAAAAACUUCAUGGUUAUAGUGUUUCUGUAAACGUGGCACAGACAAACGCCAUAUGCUAUGAAAUGAUGUCAAAUGCUUGUUUGUGUGGUUUGCACAUUUUUAAAAUUAGAAGUAAUGUGUUGAUGGGUUAGGUCUAUUUACAGUACAACAUAUGGUAUCUAGCAUGAUACUGGUAAUACAGUAACAGCUGUUUGGGAAUGUAUUAUAUGAUAUAGCUGUCAGGAAAAGCAUGCUGGAAUGCUGCUUUUGCUAUGAAAUAACGUAAAGUCUAGAAAGCUUUCAGUUGACAUUGAAGUAGUUUACCAUUUUGUUUAUUUUAUAAAGACAUUUCCAAGCUACUGUUUGGCCCUAAAAAGGACUUCAGUAACAGCUCAAGGUAAAAUCAAUUUAAGGACAGUAAAACCCAGAACAAGAUAAAACAGUCAAAGCGUAGUCGACAAGCGAGACCGUGCCCAGUCAUACUAAACACUUGGUGUAGUCUAAACAAAGUCUGAGCUUAAAAGGAAGGCAGGCAGCCAAGCCAAAUUUAACCAUGUAAGAUUGUGUAAGGAUAAUAAGUGUGGGGAUUUAAUAUCUGAAUUACUCUUAAUUAUAUCUCAGGAGCCUUUCUUUUUUAGAGUGGUGCAGGUUCAGUCAAGAACUGUGGAAGCAGGGCCCAUGCUUUUCAAAACUUAAUUGCAUUGCACAUUUGGGGACACAUUCUUGAGGCAACCUCCUAGGACUCAGUUCACCAGCUGCAGUCCUGUCUGCUGCCCCUUCCUCUUCUUAGCUGGAGGUGAGGCCUUCCUGCUUCAGAGCUCAUGCCUGUCAACACCUGACACAGGAAAGGAAAGGACAACAGACAGGGCAGAGAGUAAAGUCCAAAAGGCCACGUACCUAACAGGCUUAGACCAUUUGCUGUGAAGUUCCAAAUUUCUAAAAUGUUAACACUUGGAACUAAGAAAAUGAACCAUGAAAACAUUGAAGUUGGUCUCCCAAAUAACAUGGUGAAAAACACAAAGGAAUGCUAAUCGAAUGCUUGGCAUUUGAAUAGUGCCACUUUAUUCUGCUCUGGUCAGACCUCACCUGGAGUACUGUGUCCCGUUCUGGGCACCACAGUUCAAGAAGGACACUGACAAACUGGAACGGGUCCAGAGGAGGGCAACCAAAAUGGUCAAAGGCCUGGAAACGAUGCCUUAUGAGAAAUGGCUAAGGGAGCUGGGCAUGUUUAGCCUGGAGAAGAGGAGGUUAAGGGGUGAUAUGAUAGCCAUGUUCAAAUAUAUAAAAGGAUGUCACAUAGAGGAGGGAGAAAGGUUGUUUUCUGCUGCUCCAGAGAAGCGGACACGGAGCAAUGGAUCCAAACUACAAGAAAGAAGAUUCCACCUAAACAUUAGGAAGAACUUCCUGACAGUAAGAGCUGUUUGACAGUGGAAUUUGCUGCCAAGGAGUGUGGUGGAGUCUCCUUCUUUGGAGGUCUUUAAGCAGAGGCUUGACAACCAUAUGUCAGGAGUGCUCUGAUGGUGUUUCCUGCUUGGCAGGGGGUUGGACUCGAUGGCCCUUGUGGUCUCUUCCAACUCUAUGAUUCUAUGCUCCUGGGAGCUUAAUGAAUAGAAAAUCCCUUAGACAAUGCUGUGCAAUAUAGACAUGCAGCCUGAAAGAAAUCCCUGCCUUUCUGAAUAAGAACAUUCCAGAGAUAAAAUUUGGUGACUGGACAAUUCAUCAAAAGUAUAAAGCUGUAGGUUUGAGACACACACACUCGUUGGCAAUCCCCUACAGUUGGGCUGGGGCCCAAGGGCCACUCUUCAGAUUUCUCUCUGUGGCCCUUGGGACUUUUCCCAGGCCACCCCACCCUCCCUGCCCAGCCUUUUCCCCAGCCACAGCCUUGAGUGUGUUGGCCUGGCUAACGUGUCCUAAUGUCUCUUGGCUGCCAGGAUGGAGGGUGGGGCGUAUAGAAACGAGCCUGGUGUACAAAGGCUGAACUACCUUCGUUUCUUUGCCAGUUUCUGUCUUUGGCCCGCUUCUCAUAGGAAUAAGAUCCCUGAAAGAGGGUCCCGUUGGGGAAACUGCCAUCUGAAAAAGGUGCUGUCAAGGCUGCCUCAGGUCUCAGCUCACAAAAGACCAACGCCAAUCUCUUCUUAUAUACAAAAGUGUUUAUUGCAGUUCAUUGUUUGCUUCAUAUCCGAGGCGCGCAGCCUCACGUCUGUACGCUUAGACCGUUGAAGUCCCCUCUGAGUCAGUCCCUCCCCUGCACCAGUUUAAGAGCCUUGCGCUGCUCCACCUCUUUCUCUCUUUCCUUUUCCUCAGGGUCUUCCUGCCCGCCGGGGUUUCGCCCCUCCUGGAUUCCCCUGACGCGCUAUCCCCCGACUGCUCUUCCCCACUCCUGCGGGCUUUAGGACCUGGCCCUUCCUCCGGGCUCCCUGUACUUCCGCGCGCCUCUACAUUUGAACCUGCGCGCGCGCCCAACCUCGACCUUUCCUUUUGACAGUUACCCUACGCCCGUCACUACUCCCCGUCCCUUCCGGGAGGGUGGCUUGCUCCGACCUCCCUCCCUUCUCUGCUGCCGGAGCUGCUUCCCUGAUACACUGGAACCUCCACCCCUUCGCUGCACUCUGGCGGGGAGGCUGGUCCUGACGCCCAGCUGCCACUUUGGGAUCCCCGCUGGCCCCUGUUCCUGACACGUCCCCCUGGGGCUCCCUGGCCUUGACCACUGGCGCCCCUUCUGGGAAUCCUCUGAUUCGCUGGAAAGACUCAUGGAAUCUCUUGAGUCAUUGUCAUCCUCUUCCUCGCUGUCCUGGGAUUCAUCCCCAUCGCUCUCCAUCUCCUCCCUACCCUGUGCCUCUGUCCCUGAACCCCUGACAGGUGCCAUAUUCCUGCACUUCUGUUUUUGUUUUGUUUUUAAGUCAUUAAAAUUUACCUAGACACAGUUUUCCACCUCUGAAUUAUUUGUUUCAGUCCAUUACCUUGUGGACUGGAUUCCCAAACAGAAACUGGAAACAAAGAAUGUGAAUCAAGUUGGUUUCUAGAGAAAAACCAGGCAAUCCAUUUGCAGUAUCAUUUGGUCAUCCUAUGGAACGUUAUGUUAUUCAUACUCAUAUACUGGUAUAUAGAGAGGGGAGGAGAUAUAGAUACCCCCCCCCAAUCCUUAUUCUUGAGAGUAUGGCUUUACAGCACAGAAAAAUGUAGAAAUGCAAAAUUCAGUUUGGAUGAGAAGUAAUAAUAGUUUAUUUGCACUUAUUUGAAAAAAUAGGUUAUUUAAUCAUUUUUGCUCUCAUGUUUUAGUUGUGAAAUCCUAAUCAAUUAUUACUUGCCAGACCCUGAGAUUUCUGCUUAUAUAAAUAUAUUGCAAGUUCUUACAGAUAGCUUGUUUUGUUUUGUUUUCUCUCCCCGCUCCCAAUUUAUUCUGUAGACUGGAGUAUUAACAGUUAAAUUGGGUGGAAGCAUGGGAACAUAUGUGAUCAACAAACAGACACCAAACAAACAGAUAUGGCUGUCCUCUCCAAGCAGGUAAGCAAAUGUCUGUUUGUUAGAAUGUUCUAGAAAUUUUACAAUUGAACUAAAAGAUCUCCUACCUCAGCUUUAUUAGUUGCAUGCACUUUGGAGACUCAGAAUGGCUUGUACGGAUUUCCCAGGCAGUCAAUAUCAGGUGCUAGUCAGGCUGACAACUGCUUCGGUGAUACAGUAUGUGAUUAUUUUCCCCCACAGCCCCUGGAACUAUUUGUAUGACUUUCUCUAUUUUGCAGUGCUAGUCAUUGAACCUAGGCUUUUGGUCAGUGAGUGACACCCUCUGAUGCACCGUCCAUGGGGAGCACUGAUCCUGCACUGCGUCUCUGGAAUGCUGAGCUGACAGAUACCAUAUUGUUGUGCAGUGAAGAGCAGACAAUGUUUUAAAUGAAUAAAUAAAAUAUUAAAACAUACCUAAGCCAGUGUUAGGAUGUGGAAAAUUAGAGUAUUUACUUUCUAGUAUGUUACAGAAAACGACAACACAAUUUUCUGACUGCUGUUUAAUAAAGUGAGGCUAAUUCAGGUGGGCCAUCGUGAGGAUUGGACCAUCAGGAAUGAAUGAAACCUAAAGCAAGUGUCCCGUUUUAGCACAGAGCUCCUGUGGUGGCUGUGGGGUGUCAGGAGAAGCAGGGAAGGCACCAAGGCCUUUUGGACCAGCAGAAUAGCUAACUCUCCUACGGUCAGGAGCUGUCAGGGGGCUGAAUUUUUUCAUCUCUAGCUGGUGCCACAGUCAGGACUGCCCCAGAACUUCAGUGGCAUGUAUGUUAAAGUUGUGAAGCCAACUCCAACCUUUUAGAAAUAGAUUGAUUUUUCUUUGCCCUAAUUCACCUCAUGCCAACCAGUUGGCUUUCAAUCACACCAUAGAUCAUAUUGUGUCAUAACUUAAUGCAAAUAGCUGUGGGAGUUCCAAGUACCCAUUUCCAGCAUGCACACCCUUCCUUUUGUCAUAUUUGGUUGAUAUUUAAAUGUUGUUGUUAAUUGAAUUUAUAUACUGCCCUAUACCAGGAGGUCUCAGGGCAGUUCACACAACAAAAUCAUAAUACAAAACCACAAUAUAUAUAAUCAAAAUAAAAACAACCACCCAAUAGCAACCCCCCCCCCAAAAGGGCAUAGGAUGUCAUGUUCUCAGUCAUGUUCUUGUUUGUUCUUUCACAGUGGCCCGAAGCGUUAUGACUGGACUGGAAAAAACUGGGUUUAUUCUCAUGAUGGAAUCUCUCUUCAUGAACUACUUGCAAUGGAAUUUUCUGUUGCAUUAGAAACCAAAUUAGACUUAUCAGCUCUAGCACAUGCUGGAAGAAAACAUUCUUGAUAAUAUCUAUCGCAAAGAAUUCAAAGACUUUGAACUUUGACACAUAGUCUUCCCCUUUUUUGUAAAUGUGUUAAUCCAAUUUUAAAUUCUGCAGGAUGUCUGUAAACUCACUUUUACUCUGCAACAAUGUGAAAACAAUUCCCACCCUGCUGCCGCCUGGUUUCUUAAUGUGUUCAGGUAUCUUCCAUCCUCGUUUGGAUUGCAGACACAGUCAUUGCUGCCCAG